AUGGGCGAGUCACGGGACAUCGCAUUCCGACGUCUUCAAGGGCUGGAGCGCAGAUUAGCCAAGGAACCGGAACUGCGCCGGCAAUACAACCAAUUCAUGGAGGAAUACCUGGAACUAGGACACAUGCGCGAGGCUACCGACCUCGGAGAGGUCAAGCGCGUGUUCCUACCACAUCACCCGGUGGUGAGGGAAUCGAGUACUACGACCAAGGUGCGAGAGGUAUUCGAUGCGUCUUGUGCGAGCUCAACGGGAGUGUCGCUCAACGAUGCCCUAUUGGUGGGACCGUCGAUUCAGGACGAUCUACGGUCAAUAAUCCUACGGAGUCGGACAAAGCAGUUCAUGCUCGUGUCUGACAUGGAAAAAAUGUUCCGACAAGUUCUAGUCACCGAGGAAGACAUGAAGCUCCAAAGCAUCAUGUGGCGGGAUGACCCCAACAAGGAGGUCAAAAUCUACGAACUUGCGACGGUCACGUAUGGUACCAAGCCAGCACCUUUCCUGGCAACCCGGACGCUCAAGCAACUCGCUAUGGAUGAGCAAAGCCGUUACCCGAUGGCAGCCAAGGUCGCGCUCGAAGACGUCUACAUGGACGACGUUUUGACCGGCGCGGACGACGAGGAUCAAGCGGUGGAACUACGAUCCCAACUGGACGCUCUGCUGGAGAGCGGCGGUUUUCGGCUUAGGAAGUGGGCAUCCAACAGCCCUCUGGUACUGCAGGGCAUACCAGACGAGAACCUAGCACUGUCAAGGACUGGCGAUGUGCUCCUGGAUCCAGAUCCAUCCGUACGGACUCUGGGAUUGGUUUGGCGACCAACCACCGACGUUCUAAAGUUCCAGUUUGAUCACCCAACCCCAAACCCAAACCAGCCGUGGACACGGCGGAGGAUAAUGUCAACGAUUGCAACCCUAUUUGAUCCGAUUGGUUUCGUCGGUCCAGUUAUCGCAUCAGCUAAAAUCCUGAUGCAGAAGCUGUGGACACUGGAGGACAAGAACGGCAAGAAGCUGGACUGGGAUGACGAGCUACCACCCGCAAUCGUUCAAAAAUGGCUGAAGUUCUAUGAACAAAUUCCGGCAUUGAACGACCUGACAUUCCCAAGAUGUGUGAUCAUUCCCAAGGCGGUCAACAUCGAGAUCCAUACGUUUUGCGACGCUUCCCAGGAUGCAUACGGAGCUUGCUCGUAUGUGAGAAGCGUAAACCAGGCUGGAGAAGUACGCGUGGCACUGCUUAGCUCCAAAUCCAAGGUCGCUCCACUCAAAUGCCAGUCGAUUCCAAGGUUAGAGCUCUGCGGAGCGGAGCUGGCUGCUCUUCUGGGUGAGCAGAUCUUUAAGGCAACCAAACUGGACGUCAAGUACUACUAUUGGACGGAUUCAACAUGUGUACUCCAGUGGUUACGGCACGUACCUACGACGUGGAACACCUUCGUCGCCAACAGGGUAGCGAAAAUCCAAGCGCUGACGGAGCGCGGGGGAUGGAACCACGUGCCGGGAGUCCAGAAUCCUGCGGACCUCAUUUCCCGAGGUGUCGCACCGGCGGAUAUCGCAGAUCUACUGCUGAGGUGGGAAGGUCCCCCAUGGCUCAAGCUAUCACCUCAACACUGGCCGUCUCAACCAGUGCUGGAUCGUGACGAGGAAGCAGACCAAGAGAGACGUCACGUGGCAGCGAACCUAGCUGGCGGACAGCAGAUCGAUUUCCCGAGUUUCAUCAUCAGCAAGUUUUCCGACUACCGAAGCCUGAUUCGAAGCGUAGCGUACUGGUCAAGGCUGAUGAAGAUCCUGCGGCACGAAGAAGGCGUAGAACAGCGAGGUCUUCCAACAGCACGGGAGCUGAAGGAAGCGGAACACACCAUGAUUCGUCUCGUGCAGAAGGAAGAAUUCAAGGCGGAGUGGCAAGCGCUGUCCAACGGUGGAUCUGUGGGAAGGAACUCACCGCUGCGUUGGUUCAACCCGAAGUUAGCAGACGACAACCUGAUCCGAGUCGGUGGACGGUUAGGUCACUCGCAGGAAACCGACAGCACGAAGCAUCCGAUAGUUCUACCUGCUCGGCACCCGCUGACCAAGAUGCUGUUCGAGGACUAUCACGAACGUUUACUUCACGCGGGACCGCAGCUGAUGCUCGCGACAGUUCGUCUCAAGUACUGGCCGCUUGGAGGUCGAAGCGUAGCACGCCAGAUCGUGCACAACUGCCAGCGUUGCUUCCGGACGAAACCCACUCAAAUCCAGCAGUUCGAGAACUGCCCCCGGCGCGCGUAA